ACGUCUACGCUAGGCUAAAACUACCGAUAAACUCUCAGCGGCCAUGUGUGAACUGCAACAUAACGGCAUGUUUGAUUUGAAUGGCCUGCUUCUUAUCCAAACUACAAAACUGUUAUGAUGCUUAAAGCCUGGAGAAGUGUAAUAACUGCUCAAAACAAGGAGAAGCUGAAGGAGCUAGCAGCACGUUUUUGGUGUAAUGUUGCUCUUACGCCGGUAGUCGGGGCCUCGGGAAAUGAUGGCUUUUAGUGUGGAUAUGAACCAAGUUUACAACUGAAGACGAAUUUUCAUCAUUCGGACGAGUAAAAAGUUUAUCAUUUGAAGAAAACGUCAGAAGGAACCGAGUGGACAUGUGAUCGUAUUCGGAUCAGAACUUUUUAUUUCCCAGGGAAUAACGGAUACUUAUUCAGAAGGAGAAAAACGUUGCAGUUUUGAAAGAAGCUUUGCCUCGCGCGCCGUGUUUCUGUUUCCCAACUGAAGCGCAGCCGCACCCUCUGACGGAUUAGCCAACAUGCUAACUACACAAAGCUUCUGACACAAAACUCGCCUUUCUCGGAGAUACACCGUUUAAUUUUUUUUUUUAAAAAAAGAAACGUAUUCGUUUCACAACGAACCGGCUGUUAUCCCUCAACGCCUUGUUUCCCAUUUGAAGUAAAGCCGCACCCUCUAGUUUGCUUCCUCAUACAGGCGAAGAGCCCCCACAGACACACACAGCUGAAAUAAAAAUCACCGGCUCUCCAAAAAACACCACUGUAGUGGUAAUGGGUUAAAAACAAACAGGAUUUUGUUGAAAACAGAUUGAAAUGACAUGUAUACCAAGAGGAAAGCCCAGCAGUGUGUGUGCCGGAUGGUAGUAACCCAGGUUCCCAUGCUUUUGCUGAGGAAGGUGCGUGGGAAAUAGACAGUAAUGCAUAAGAGACCCAGGCUUCAGAAAGAACUGACCAACACCACUGGGUUACGAGCAAUAAGGAAAAGGUUAAAAGCCGAGAAAAGGCGACCCCUGAUUUUUCCAAGGUCGGAAGACAGGCGCGGUGCUUUUUUUGGAGUCUUUUCUACAGCAGGCGUUGUGGGAUGAUGGUGCUUAAAGUGGAGACCCAUCACACAGAGCUGAAUUCAAACUGCUGCUGUCUCACAGCCAUGAACCUCAGAGGCACUUUCCACUGGAGGAUGAAAAUUAACAACGGCUCAUCUGGCUUUAGACGUUCAGUGGAUUUAAUUUGGCCUCCUGCAACCACGAGAAGGGCAAGGACCUCUAAACGCCCGUCUGCUUGACACAAAUUAACACGAAAGCUGACACGACUGCGGUGAUUCUUCAUGUUCUCAGAUUCAGGAUAGAGUGUUUUCUGAUUAGGUGUAUGUUGGUUUUGGAAUGUCUGGAAUCAGCUGGCAAUUUGACUUCAUUUAAUUUCUUGUAUGGCACUGCAGCAAGUGUAUGAUUUUGUUUUUGUACAUUUUUUUGUUUGUGUGUAUAUCUAUAUACGUGUGUGUGAGCAUGUGUUGUCGGACCUAGAGAGAUAAAUACCAACCUGUGAAAUUAUUCAGAUGUACCCAUGAUGUGAUUUUGUGUAACAUGCACGAUUAAGGUCAAAUGACAUAAACAUUAAGGAUUCAGCAUCAUUCUGUUGAAGGGAUUUUUAAAUGUAGCUCUGCUUUUGACCUCAUUCACCCAUUGUUUUGAUAUCAAAUGUAGGCCCAGACCACGGUUUCCCUGAGUGAAGUUGUGUUAUCUUCUACUUUACCUAGUUCUGCAAAUGUUUACUAAAAUAAUUUGAUGUUCGAAUAGUAAACAGUGGAUGUUAUAAUAUUUUCUGAAGGACAACACUUUUUUUGGCCAGUUUUUGGAAAAGGUGUGAUAUUAUUUUUGAAGAUAUUGUCAUAUAAGUUAUGAGUUUGUACUGUGGAAUGCGUGGUGUAAUCUAUAUUUUGUAUAAAAAAGAAAAUUCAGAAUAUUAGCUUGACCACCAUACUAUGGCUAGUAGUGGCUCGGGAAAGUCAGACAGCGAGGUUCCAACGUCCAACAUCCCGAGUGGCAGCUUGCAGCAGCGCAAAAGACUCUCAUCUGUGUGUGACACAUGCAAAAGCAAGAUGCAGCUGGUGGCAGAUUUACUUCUACUGUCCAGUGAGACACGGCCUGUGAUGACCACGGAUGGCGUGCCAGUGGCAGAGACUUUUGAGAAGUGUCGGGAUACAGUGAUUGCUAGGACAAAGGAGCUGUCCAUUAUCACUCAUGACAUUCAGAGCCAACUUAACAUGGGGAAAUUUACUGAGGUCGGGGACCGGUUAGUGGAAAUGGGCAACCUCGUGGUGUCUUUAACAGAGUUUUCGGCUCAUGCCGCAUACAUGGCGGCAGUGGAGGCACCGGGCUCACAUGCUGCCGUUCCUGGACUAGUGGAUCGCUACAAAGUGACCCGAUGUCGUCAUGAGGUGGAUCAGACGUGCUCUGUCCUCCGUGUAACCGCACUCUCUGAUUUAACUCCCCAACUCCUCCUGGAAGUUUCCCAAAACAUCCGGAGGAACCUGACGACUCUCACAGAGGCCUCAUCUCUGGCCAGUGAGAAAUCCAAGGACAAGUUUGCCAAAGAGCAGUUCAAAGCCAGUGUAAAGUGCAUGAGUACAAGCGCCACUGCACUUCUUGCCUGUGUCAAGGAGGUGAAAACAAACCCAAGUGAGCUGACACGUAAUCGCUGUGUGCUUUUUAGUGGGCCACUGGUUCAGGCUGUCAACGCGUUGGUAGGAUUUGCCACUGAGCCACAGUUCCUGGGAAAACCGGCUAAUGUCAGUGGAGAUGGUAAAGCAGUGCAGACAGCUGUACUGGGAGGUGCCAUGAGUGUUGUUUCGGCUUGCGUUCUCCUCACACAGGGUCUCCGGGACGUAUCCCAGCAUGCCGAAAACAGCUCUCAGAUGCCUACAUACCGCGAAAGGCUGCGCCAGUCUGCUUGCGCCGUCUCGGAUGGAUGCACGUUGCUCUCACAGGCGCUCAGGGAACGCUCCUCGCCCAGGACUCUACCACCAGUCAACUCACAUUCUGUGAAUUAAAACAAAGCCCAUUACAGUUACAACAUACCAAAGAGACUAAUAUUCUUUAACCCCAUGUUGUGUGAUCCUAUUGAGUGAAUGUAGUAAAUUUUGUACAAAUAUGUUUGUCCAACUUUUCCUGUGCAACCAAGGUGGCAGUUUUUUUUGCACUGGAUGUAAUAAAAAACUUAGCCGAAACUGACAUCACAACAUAUUUCUAACUUGUGUUCACUCACUGGUAGCCACAGACUCUGUGGUGUUUCUGUAUGUUGGACUGAAAAUUCUCAAAUGAAUUUAAAAAAGUAGAAAGUUUACCUCAGUUUUAGAGCAGCAGACAGAGUGAUGGUUGCAGUCGGAUGAGUGAUGGAUGUUAUUAAGAAAUGCAGUGCGAGUGGGAUGCACGUUCGUACUUUGUAUUAAUGUGUAAAUCUCUUCGGAUGGAUUAAAGCUGCUGUGAGUGUGUGCCAUAGGUUUUACACUAUAUACCAGAAUUACAAUAGCUUUUUAUUUUAUUUUUUUUCCUGGAUCAUGCAUGUACUGGAGUAUUUAUUUCAACUUAUUAAAAAAGUUGUUUCUCA